GCGGAAGCGGCCGCAGGUAUGGCGGCUGCCAUGCCGCUCGGUUUGCCGUUGCGGUUACUGGUGCUGUUGCUGGUGGGACGGGGCUGCUGUGGCUGCGCGGAGGGCCCACGCGACAGCCUGCGAGAAGAGCUCGUUAUCACUCCACUGCCUUCCGGCGACGUGGCCGCCACAUUCCAGUUCCGCACGCGUUGGGAUUCGGAUCUGCAGCGGGAAGGAGUGUCCCAUUACAGGCUCUUCCCUAAAGCCCUGGGACAGCUGAUCUCCAAGUACUCCCUGCGGGAGCUCCACCUGUCGUUCACGCAAGGCUUUUGGAGGACGCGAUACUGGGGGCCACCCUUCCUGCAGGCUCCGUCAGGUGCAGAGCUCUGGGUCUGGUUCCAAGACACUGUCACCGAUGUGGAUAAGUCCUGGAGGGAGCUCAGCAAUGUCCUCUCGGGGAUCUUCUGUGCAUCCCUCAACUUCAUCGACGCCACCAAUACCGUCACUCCCACCGCCUCCUUCAAACCUCUGGGACUGGCCAAUGUCCCACCUGGAGGGGGGACCACUUGGCGGUAGUACUAGAGUGGUCCAGCAGUGGGUGGAUGAGGUCACCUACAUCUCGGAGGGACAGGACCCAGCUCUGUCUCCCUCAGACACUGACGACUACUUCCUGCGCUACGCUGUGCUGCCUCGGGAGGUUGUCUGCACUGAGAACCUCACGCCAUGGAAGAAGCUCUUGCCCUGCAGUUCCAAGGCCGGUCUCUCAGUGCUAUUGAAAGCAGACCGCUUGUUCCACACCAGUUACCACUCCCAGGCAGUGCACAUCCGGCCUAUCUGCAGAAAUGCUCACUGUACCAGCAUCUCCUGGGAGCUGAGGCAGACCCUUUCGGUUGUCUUUGAUGCCUUCAUCACAGGACAGGGGAAGAAAGACUGGUCCCUCUUCCGCAUGUUCUCCCGGACUCUCACAGAGGCCUGUCCAUUGGCGUCUCAGAGCCUAGUUUAUGUGGACAUCACAGGCUACAGCCAGGAUAAUGAAACACUGGAGGUGAGCCCUCCCCCAACUUCCACAUACCAGGAUGUCAUUUUGGGCACCAGGAAGACCUAUGCCGUCUAUGACUUGUUUGACACAGCCAUGAUCAAUAACUCUCGAAACCUCAACAUCCAGCUCAAAUGGAAGAGACCCCCAGAUAAUGAGGCCCUACCCGUGCCCUUCCUGCAUGCGCAGCGGUACGUGAGUGGCUAUGGACUGCAGAAGGGAGAGCUGAGUACUCUGCUGUACAACUCCCAUCCUUAUCGGGCCUUCCCCGUGCUGCUGCUGGAUGUCGUGCCCUGGUACCUGCGGCUGUAUGUGCACACGCUCACCAUUACCUCCAAGGGCAAGGAGAAUAAACCAAGUUACAUCCACUACCAACCUGCUCAGGACAGGCAGCAGCCCCACCUCCUGGAGAUGCUCAUUCAGCUGCCAGCCAACUCCGUCACCAAGGUCUCCAUCCAGUUUGAACGAGCCCUGCUCAAGUGGACAGAGUACACACCAGACCCCAACCACGGCUUCUAUGUCAGCCCAUCUGUCCUCAGCGCCCUUGUGCCCAGUGUGGUGGCAGCCAAACCAGUGGACUGGGAAGGGAGCCCUCUCUUCAACACCUUGUUCCCGGUGUCUGAUGGCUCCAGCUACUUUGUCCGACUCUACACAGAGCCCUUGCUAGUGAACCUGCCCACCCCGGACUUCAGCAUGCCCUACAAUGUGAUCUGCCUUACGUGCACGGUGGUGGCCGUGUGCUAUGGCUCCUUCUACAAUCUCCUCACCCGAACCUUUCACAUCGAAGAGCCCAAGUCGGGCGGCCUGGCCAAGCGGCUGGCUAACCUCAUCCGCCGUGCCCGUGGUGUGCCCCCUCUCUAGUCCGGCGUGCCCGUGGUGUACCCCCUCUCUAGUCCUGUGAGCCCGUGGUGUACCCCCUCUCUAGUCCGGCGCGCCCGUGGUGUGCCCCCUCUCUAGUCCGGCGCGCCCGUGGUGUGCCCCCUCUCUAGUCCGGCGAGCCCGUGGUGUGCCCCCUCUCUAGUCCGGCGAGCCCGUGGUGUGCCCCCUCUCUAGUCCGGCGUGCCCGUGGUGUACCCCCUCUCUAGUCCUGUGAGCCCGUGGUGUACCCCCUCUCUAGUCCGGCGCGCCCGUGGUGUGCCCCCUCUCUAGUCCGGCGCUCCCAUGGUGUGCCCCCUCUCUAGUCCGGCGCUCCCGUGGUGUGCCCCCUCUCUAGUCCGGCGAGCCCGUGGUGUGCCCCCUCUCUAGUCCUCCCUUUCCCCAGCAACUGCAGCUGCACUCGUCCGACCCGAGGGAGCAGGGCAGGGCUUUUUCUGCCACCCGCUGUGUCUCCAGAGUUAGCUUUUGAGGCUAACUCCCUCUGGAGCUGGUCUGGGCCAAGGCGUGGUUUCCAGUGUGGUAGACUUGAGCCAAAUCCCUUCCCAUCCUCUCCUGUGGCAGCCGUGCUUCUGCCUACAAGGGGCUCGUGCUGCAGUAUACCGGACAGCCUAGCGAUGCUUCCGUCUUUACUGGACAUUCUGAUGGCCCAGGCAAUGGGCGCAGUAGAGCUGUGGUGCUGUUUGGGGGUGGGGUGGGGUGGGGUGGGGUGGGGGUGAGUGUCUGUGAACUUACUGAUGUAAUAAAGUGGCAGCCUUCCUA